AUGACACUCUACUUCACCCUCGUGUUUGUCCUCCUGGUGACGGAGAUGGCCAUCUUCGUCGGCCUGAUAGUCCCUCUGCCCUUUACCGUAAAGCGGAAACUCUUCACCUUCAUAUCAGAGAGUCCCAUCGUCGCCAAGCUACAGUAUGGCAUGAAGAUAACGUUUAUCUUCAUCCUUAUCUUGUUUAUCGAUAGUGUCAACCGUGUUUAUCGUGUCCAGAUCGAACUGACUGGUUUCGACGCUGCCAACUCCGGACAUGCCAUUGGAACUGAGCGAAUGGAAGUCCAGGCCCGCAAGUUCUACUCUCAACGCAACAUGUACCUCUGCGGCUUCACUCUCUUCCUCUCCCUCAUCCUGAACCGCACGUAUACCAUGAUCCUUGACAUCCUCCGCCUCGAGGACAAGGUUAAGAUGUACGAGGGCGACAAGAGGGCCGGUGGCAAGGACUCCGCCAAGUUGGCUGCUGCUGGUGACAUUGGAGAGAUAGGAAGACUCAAGAAGGAGCUCAAGGCUCGUGAGAACGAUAUCGAGGCUUUGAAGAAGCAGAGCGAGGGCUUGUCCAGAGAGUACAACAAGCUCGGAGACGAGGUCUCUGCUCAGAACAAGGACAACACCCCCAAGAAGGACCGAUGA